CUCCCUCAACAUCGGAAUGGCGCCCAUGGAUCCCAUUGAUGAUGUCCCAGACGCAGAAGAGGACUACCACGAGUCCUCCGAUGAAGACUUCAACCCGAACGCCGCCGCCGCCGACGAACCCUCGAGCUCCUCCUCCGAAGACGAUGCGCCCAAGAAGCCUCGCAAGGGCAAAGGGAAGCGGAAGGCGCCUGUGGACGAGGACUUGGACUCUGGAGAUGAAAUUACUAUAGAAGCAGCCCGGAAACGUAAGGCAAAGAAGCGGAAGGGCGAAAAGGGAGGCGACGAUGACCCGCUGUUGUCGGAUGAAGGUGGAGAGGGCGGCUUGAUCAAGACCAGGGCGCAAAGGAGGGUGGAGCAGAAAGAGCGAAAACCUCUUGCCGGCACCGAGGGAGCUACCGUCGAUGUGGACGCGCUCUGGGCGCAGAUGUCUACCACUCCACUAAAGCCCUUAAACCACGCCAAAGCACAGGAGAACGAUACGUCGAGCGGUCAAAUCGGAGCCACCGGCGCUGAUCUGCCCGUGUCCGGGGAAGAGGAGGAGCAGGUAACGGUGAAGAAGAUCUACACAUUCGCCGGGCAGCGCACAACCGAAGAGAAGCAGAUUCCGCAGUCGUUGCUCGAGGUGCAUUUAUCAGACGGCUGGAGAGCGGUGGAGCCCGCAGUGGAGAUGACCGUCGAAGAAGGCAAAGGGGAUUCUACCGCCAAAAAUGACAAGCCGAAGGUUCGCCGUCCGCCCCGACGACCAUCACGCUUCGACCCCAACCCGACCGGCUACGUCCGUACUCUGCCCCCAGAGUAUCAACUCACAUAUCCGCGCAAAACGCGUACAAUCGCAGCAGCCGAUCAAGAAAAUGCGGCCGCACCAGAGGCGACUAAGGCGAAACCGGACAAGGCACAGAAACUCAACGUUGUUGAUAAAUCCCGUCUAGAUUGGACCGGCUUUGUCGACAAGGAAGGUAUUGCCGAGGAGCUGGAUACUCAUGGCAAGACGAAGGAGGCAUACCUAGGUAGAAUGGACUUCUUGGCCGGUGUGGAGGCAAGGAAGGAAGAGGAAAGGAGGAGGUUGAAGACCGCUGCUAUGUUAUGAUCGGAUGCAGUGCGCCCAUCUUCGGGGUUCUUGCAUAGAACUGUUUCGAAAUGAUACCCAUUAUUGCUACAUAGAAAAACCAAAGUAUAACCACGCUCGCGUGCAACCACCUCUUCUUCAUAGAAAACUAGAAUGUUCUUCGUCAGCAUUUGAAAAGGAC